AUUUCUAAAUAAUAAAAUUAAAUCUAUAUAUUACUUAAUGGAAUUAUAAAAGAAAUCAUUCAAGGGGCAAUCAAAAAAAUUUAUUUUUAAUUCAAGGGGAAGGAGCCAUUAAAAAAUUUUUUUUACUUCAGGGGGAUCGAGCCCCUGCGCCCCCCCCCCAGUGACGCCAUUGACACCUAGUAAUUCAACACAAUCUAUUAUCUACCAUUAUAUAAUGUCAUAUCAAAUUUUGACGUACGUUUCUGCUUUCUAAAAUCUAGAGCAUGUUGAUGUAUUUUGGAACGAUUUGUAUUUUUCGGUCCAUAAUUAAUUCUCAGAUAAAAUUUUAUCGCACACUGUCAAAUCAAUCUAAAAUUAUAAAAAUUGUUGAGGUUGCACCUAGAGAUGGCUUGCAAAAUGAAAAAAAAAUUCUUUCUUCAGCAGAUAAAAUAAAAUUUAUUGAUAAAUUAUCUGACACCGGUUUGAAAUAUAUUGAAGCAACAAGCUUUGUUUCAGCAGAAUGGAUUCCACAGUUGGCUGAUGGGUUUGAAGUGAUGAGGGGAAUUAAUCGACAUGAGGGCAUAAUCUACUCAGCACUUGUACCAAAUAUGACAGGAUUUAAAAAAGCGUUAGAUUGUCAAGUUGACGAAAUUGCUGUAUUUGGUGCUGUUUCCGAAACAUUUUGCAAAAAAAAUAUAAAUUGUAGCAUUGAAGAUAGUUUCAAACGUUUUACUCCGGUAAUUGAGGCAGCAAAAAAGGCCAAUUUACGUGUACGCGGUUACGUAUCCUGCAUAAUUGGAUGUCCAUAUGAAGGACCCAUUCAUCCCCGCAAAUCGGCAUCUAUCAUAUCACGAAUGUUAACCAUGGGAUGUUACGAAGUUUCUCUUGGUGACACUAUAGGCUCAGGCUCACCUGAUUCUUGGCGUACCCUGAUAAAUAUGUGCUAUCAAGAAUUUGGGAUCCCUCUGUCUAAAAUGGCCGUGCAUUGCCAUGAUAUAUCAGGAGGGGCUGCGGCGAUCGAUAAUAUUGAGGCUGCCCUCGAAAUGGGUAUAACUACAAUUGACUCUUCAACAGGUGGUAUAGGUGGGUGUCCAUAUGCUGACGGAAUCGCAAGGGGAAAUGUUCCUACCGAGGAUGUUAUUCAUAAGCUAAAUCAACUCCAUCUAAACACAGGUGUGGAUGUUGAUAAAGUCUUAGAUGCCGGAAAUUUUAUCUGUAAAAUUUUAAAUAUUCAAAAUAUAUCUCGCUAUGCUUCUCUUAAACAUUGACGGUAUUCAACUAUGUAAAAGUCUAAUAUAUUAAUAUAGUAUUUAUAAUAGCUAAUAUUUAUAAUAGGCAAUAAUUAUACAUUUAAACAUUAUUUGCUAUUUUAAAUUAAACCCGUUUAUUUACCAUAUUAUGUGCUUAACAAGGUUGAAUAAAAUCCUUAUAUAUGUAAGCAAAAUUAUGAUAUUUUUAAUAGUAAUAAAUGUAUUAUAUUUGUUAA